AUGGCUCCCAGGAACUUGGGCAAAUACCAGUUCUACAACGUGACCGUUCCUUCCGAGAAUGUGGUCCAUGUGGAGAUCAACAGACCACAAAAGCUGAAUGCGUUCUUCGGGCCUAUGUGGUGGGAACUGAAGGAUAUUUUUGAGAAACUAUCAGUCGAUCCUGAAACUCGGUGUGUUCUGCUCUCAGGGGCAGGUGAUCGAGCAUUCACAGCAGGGCUCGAUGUUGAAGACGCCGCGAAGCCGGACAACGCCAUCUCUGCCGGAGGAUUUGCCGAUCCUUCCCGCAAAGCGACAGUUCUUAGAAGGCAUAUUCUCGAGCUUCAAGAAGUCAUCUCGACAGUCGCCCGUUGCGCGAAGCCGGUAGUGGCCCUGCUGCAUGGGUAUACCUAUGGAUUGGGUAUUGACCUGGCCUCGGCAUGUGACAUCCGCUUCUGCGCAGCUGACACCAAGUUCUGCGUCAAGGAAGUGGACAUUGGGCUAGCUGCAGACGUGGGAACCCUGAGCCGCCUCCCCAAGGUGGCGGGCGGAGUGACGAGCUGGGUCAAGGAAGUGUCUCUUAGUGCACGACCCUUUUCGGCGGAGGAAGCGGAGAAGAACAAUCUUGUCAGCCGGGUGGUAGCUGGCGGCAAGGCGGAACUUAUCAAGGAGGGACUGGAGUUCGCAAAAUAUCUGGCGAGCAAGAGUCCAGUGGCGGUGCAAGGGACGAAGAACAUCCUCGACGCGGCCUGGGGUAGGACAGUGGAAGACAACCUCAACUACACGGCGGUCUGGAACCAGGCCAUGUUGCAAAGCACCGAUGUUCAGCGAGCCAUCUUGAGUGGACUGAAGAAGAAGACGCCGACAUUUGAAAAGCUAUAA